CAGUCAAACAGACGGAGCUACAAACGCAAUUGGAACUUCGGCUCUAAGUGUGGUCAUGUUUCUCCAGUAUUACCUCAAUGAGGAAGGAGAUCGGGUCUAUACACUGAAGAAAUUUGACCCUAUGGGACAACAGACCUGUUCGGCCCACCCUGCUCGGUUCUCCCCGGACGACAAAUACUCGCGACAUCGAAUCACCAUCAAGAAACGAUUCAAAGUGCUCAUGACCCAGCAACCGCGGCCUGUCCUCUAAGGGUCCCUUAAAUUUCAUGUUUUUUCUGCCUCCUGCUACCCCUCGGAGACUCCAUAACCAAAUUCGAUCUGUCCGUCAUGAAGUCAUUUUUCCAGCCGUGCUCUUUAGAGUCCACGCUCUCCAUGGUCUAUGAUCAUGCUCGUGUGCGGCAGUCACGGUGGCAUCUCCUAGAAAGGGAACAAGUUUGACUCUUCCCCCCCCCCAUUUGAGACUUCUGCCAAGUUAUUAAAGAUAAAAUGAUUUGAAA